AUGUCGAGUUCCGAUUCGAGACGUAAACAUAUAAUGAUUUCAUAUGCCUGGCGAGGAACCCAGGAUCUUGCUUAUGAAGUAGCUGAUCAAUUAAAAAAUGAAAAUAUUCCAGUUUGGAUGGACAUUCAAGAUGGAAUCGGUGGGAACAUAAAUGAUGGAAUGGCACAAGCCGUUGAAAACAGUGCGGCGAUUUGUUUUUUUAUGACACCGGAAUAUCAAAAGUCGAAAAGUUGUCGAAAGGAAUUAGAAUACGCGGAAAAACUUGAAAUUCCUUUGAUUCCUUGUCGUUGCCGAGUAGAUUUUAAACCUUCGGCAUGGUUGGGUUUAAUCAGUGCUGGAUUAAAAUGGUACGACUUUCGUGACUUAUCCGAUAAACCAGUGAAUGCCACAAUGAAUCAAUUGAUUAACUAUAUCCAAACGAAUAUUUUUCAAAUCAAUCCAACUGUUUUUCCUGAUCUCGAAGGUCGAACAAUUCCUCGAAUCUUUCGUAACCGUCUACAAUAUCGUUCAAGUUCUCCUUUAUCUUUGACCAAUUCCGAAGCGAAUGAACAAACGGGUCAUCGAUACACAUCAUUAAAUGAUACUUACACAACUCAAGAUAUGGUUAUGCCUUUGGAAGGUUAUGAAAAAGAAUCUCUUGUGUCUCUUGAACAAUCGAUUCAAUCGAUCAUUCACUUAUUCAACGACGAUAUUCAUCGAUAUGUGUACAUCGCUCGACAGAAUACUCGUGUAAAUCCAACUGAUUUAUCUCCGGAUGAAUCGGCAGCGGUUCAUCUUUAUUCGAUGCAAUGGACACCGGUUAGUGAUAGUUUAUACAUUCAUCUCAAUCGCGCCUUACGCACAGUCAAUCGACAAGCUUUGGCUCCUUGGUUUCCAUAUCUCAAAUUAUUCUUAACAGCUUUGUAUAAACUGCCGUCGUGUCAUAAGACAAUAUGGCGAGGAGUUAAAGAUGAUCUCAGUGCACAAUAUAAGAAAGGUGAGAAAAUCAUUUGGUGGGGUGUAAGUUCUUGUGCAGGAUCGGUUAGCGUUAUCGAACAGUUCAUCGGACAAAAUGGAAUACGAACGAUAUUCUCUAUUGAAGCAACCAAUGCGAAAUUUAUUCGUGAUCAUUCGUAUUUUAAAGAAGAAGAUGAAAUUAUUCUUCUGCCGGGAACUUAUCUUCAAAUUGUUGACAAAAUGCAACCAGCACAAGAUUUAACAAUUAUUCAUUUGAAAGAAAUUACACCACCAUUACCAUUAAUCGCAUCUCCGUUUGAAGUUGAACAGAAAAACGAUAUUGUUGUUGAUGCAAUAAUUUCACUUUCUUCUACACAAGAAUCGAACACUAUAGAAGUACUUGCUUGA